CGGUACGAUAAGCAAGAAGCACGGACUCAUGAGGAACAUCCUGGGCAUAAUAGGAAAGGAAGAACCUGGUCGGCUUUUGGUGCGGGACUUCCUUACCCAGAACUGGAAUCACCUUUUCCUGCACAAGAAGAGGAUCAGAGGCGAGCUCCUUGAGUCGUUAACGUUCUCCUCCAACACGAAAGCGGAACUAGAAAUCGUGGAGCGCUUUCUGAGUCGCGGAGGCGUAGACUUGGCCGGCAACAGGCGGAAGAUCCACCAGGUGCUGGAGCAGAUACGCAACAACAUCGCCUGGACGGACGCUAACUGUGACGUCAUAGCUCAGUUGCUGGAGGAAAUGGGCUAUUCGGGAAAAUCUAAUGCAAGAAAGAACAUGCCUGGAUGAUUAAUUAUGCAGACCUUGGAAGACAGCAGAUGAAGAAAGAAGUGUAUGAUAUAAACAUAAUUCUAUGAUCAUAUGAAAUACAGUAUAUCACGAUUGUAUGGAAAUCACAUCACCUGUUAACUUUCAUAAGACAUGUGAUACACUAGCCACAUCAGAAUUGUAAUAUAUUUAUUGUAUAUUUCAAAAAAUAUAUACAAUUUGUUAUGCUUAUCUUUUAUAUCGUUUAUAUCGUUA